CACUGCGCACAAAACUCCGCCCUGUACAAACUUACACGAGAUAUCAUCAUCAUCAUCGUUAUAAUCAAACCACAGCUUUACUACUAACUUCUCUAUAUUUUGAAGAGUUCUGUAAGCCGCUGUGUUGAGGAAUCUGCAUUAGAGGGACGCGCUGUGUCAUUGUCAAUGGACGGCUCCGGUGACUCCAGCGCUCCUCCACGGACGCCUCAUGUCGGGGGUCUGCCGAUGGGUCGCCGUCUGCCCUCCUCCAUCUCUGCGGGACGCCUGCCUGCCAUGCGCUCCAGAGACCUGACGCUCGGAGGAGUCAAAAAGAAAACCUUCACCCCCAACAUUAUUGGUCGAAAAUCCAAAGAGGAAUUGAAGGUUGAUGAGGGGAAAAGGCGGGACAAGAGGGAUGUGGAUCGAGGGCGGCAGCGGGACGGGCGGGGCCGGGGCAGGGGUCGCCCAGAGGUCAUCCAGUCACACUCCAUUUUUGAGCAGGGUCCAGCAGACACGAUGGCCAAGAGGAGAGGUGUGUAUGAUGAUACCAGAGAAACGGCAAACACCGGUCCUACACCCAUCAUCAACAUCAAGAAGGAGAGAGAGACUGAAGAGGAGACCAAAGAAAUCCUGCGCAAACUGGAGAAGGACAAUUUUCUGGAUGAUCCUCAUCUGAGAGGCGAGAGGGGGAGCUGUCCUGUUCAGCUGCCGCUCGCCGUGUCCGGAUGGGUCUUUAAAGAGGAGUUCAGCGAGGAGAGCAAAGCCCCUUCAGAUCCUCAACCAAUCAGCACUGACAGCACUGGAGUCAAGGUCAAGCAGGAGCCUCUGGAUGUUCCUGAGCCAAAGAAGGUGGAGUCUGCUUUCAAGACACCACCCAUGCCCAAAGCUGAUUUGCUGCCUGAUUUAUUGGAGGUCUGGAAUCACUGCAAGGAGGAGGAGCUUCUCUUCAUGCAGCUUCCUGAUUCGCUGCCAGGACAGCCGCCCACCAGUGACGUUCGGCCCACCAAGACUGAGGUGCAGUCAAGCGACGGGCAGACCAUGAUGCAGAAGACUGAGACUCAGGAGGAGUCUCCAGAAGAGAACAGCUGUUGUCUGAAGGAUCUGCAGGAGGGUUUAGUGGGGAAGAUGCUGGUCAGGAAGUCCGGCAGAGUGCAGCUUGUUCUGGGAAACGUCACCCUGGACGUGGCUCUGGGGACGCCCUGCGCUUUCCUUCAGGAGCUGGUCUCAGUGAAUACAGAAGGCAGGAGAGGAGACAUGUCCGUGCUCGGACACGUCAAACACAAGCUGGUUUGUUCUCCAGACUUUCAGUUUCUUUUGGAGAACAGAGUUUGAGGAGCGUUUCUCUGUCCAUUCAUGAGGAAAUAUUCCCUUCUGUGCUGCCACCGAAGCAUGAAGACAAAGAUUAUUUAUAUGCUCGAAGAAAUUUAUUUGAAGAAUUUAUGAACUGUCAAUCAAGACACUAUCACACAUGUAAAUAUUAUAGGUUGGAGUUAAUAAUGUCUUCAUGACAAUCUGGGUUAGAGUUUGAGAGUGUACGUUAAUAAACAAGUGCCAUGAA